CACAGUGUUCAGUGACUCGUCGAUGCCAGUUGACGGGUGAGGACGGUUCGGGACGGUACACCUGACUGUCUCGGGCGGUAUACCUGUUCCUCUCUCUCCGAUACUUUCCUUUGUGUUAGGGAGCGAUACAGUUGUCUUCAUCCAUUGGGCCAUUAAUGAGAGUUAGUGUCUUUCUACAACCGUCGGUCGACGCAUCCAACUAUGACGAGUCCAGGAGACGCAGGAGCUGCCAGACCGCAGGACAACAUAACAGAGGCUCACGUGAAGGCGGCGCUGACGGUGGACAAGGGCAGCGAGGCCGACCUCGUCUCUUGGAGCGUUAAGGACUUUACACACAAGGGUGACAACUACGCCACCAUCGUCACUAGCGUCAGUGUCAAGUUCUCCUUGGCAGGGCAGGAGCGAACUACCUCUUAUGUCGUCAAACUCAACCCAAUGCGGCCUUUUCUAGAUUUUGCAGUGUUUACUCAAGCAAUAUUCUAUAAAGAAGCAGAAUUUUUCGAAGAAAUUCUUCCUCUACUGAACGCUGAGCUGACGGUCCGUGGUCUUCAAGGCUUAAGAGUAGCAAAGUGGUUUUACACGUCAUUAGAAAAAGACAAAGAGAUGAUUUUCCUGGAGGACCUCCGCUUACGUGGGUUUAAAAUGUUUGACCGCAAGAAGGGAAUGGACGUGGCCCACGCCACCCUCGUCCUGCAGGAGCUGGCCAGACUCCACGCCGCCUCCCUCCUGCUGAAGGCCACAGCACCCGAGCAAGACCUGGCAGACAGGUUCAAACAUAUUAAAGUUGAUUGGUUAAAUUAUUCAAAGAAUGCUAGGCAGACAAUCAGUGAGAUGUUUUCUUCUCACUUUGCGAAUGCUGAGGAAUUACUGCAUGAUAUAGAAGGCUACGAGGUAGCAGAACAGUGGAUGGCCAAACAUAAGAAUGAUUGCGCUGGUCUUUUCGAGAGCCAGCUGGUCAGAACUCCCAAGUUUGAUGUCAUCUGCCAUGGUGAUUGUUGGAACAAUAAUGUGCUCUUCAGAUACAAUGAUGAAGACGAGCCCGUUGAAGUGAUGUUAGUUGACCUCCAACUGAACCGUGUAGCCUCCGCGGCCACCGACCUCAACUACCUCCUCUACACCAGCCUCCACGGCAACGACAGGAAGGCCAACUGGCGGGACUUCCUCUCCUCCUACUACGACACCUUCCAGGGUGUGAUGGAGGCCGGGGGGAGGGACAUGCCCUUCACCCUGGAGGAGCUCCAUCAGGAGUACAAAAACAAGAUGGAAUACGGUAUACUAUUCUCGACAAUGACAGUGUCGAUUAUAAUUAGUGAAAGUAAAGAUAUUCCUGAUAUUGAUAACUUAAAGGAAGAAGACAUUCCGAAACUCCUUGAAGAGUAUCGGCAGAAAUCUCUUGGCAUGAUGAAAAACAAUCCACUCUUUCGAUCUCGGUUCCUCGCCUUGUAUGAUGAACUGAUUCAGUUGGGAGCCAACAAUUGUAACAAUAUCAAAUGAAGAAAUAAACGUUUUCUCAAAUAGUGCUAA